CUGCUACGAAGAAUGGAGUAUACAUUCGGUGAAGGUCAAAGAAAGGCCAAGGAUAGGUCCAAGACUAUUAGACAUAACAGGUGCAUCCAGAACUUGCAGCGUUCCAAAUCUGAUAUUGAGAACUACGACUUCUGUGAUUACCCUAAUCUGGAUUACGAUUAUCUCAACCUGAAGAAAGGAGAGGUCAGCUCUUUUAGUCUGGUUAAAAACACCAGUCAAGAUGAUGAUGAGGAUGAGAAGGAAGAGAUCUACCAGGAAGAUAGCUCUUCAAUAUCCCCUGUGAAGGGCUAUAAACCUAGGAGAGCAAAACAUCCAGACAAAGAGAACCACAGGGCUUACAAAGCUAAGACAGUUACGGACAAACCUAAAGAAUUCAGAGGUAAAACUCGUGACCACUCAGGCGACCGUAGAGAAGACGAAACUGAAGAUGAGACUGAUAAAGAAAAGAAUGACAAAGCCAAGGAAGAAACUAAAUUCUUAUUUAACCCCAAUCCUAUGUUAGAGAGGGAUUCUAAGCUAGUAGACCAGUUUCCUGACUGCACUAUCAGACACUUCGAAAGAGUCCAGUACAUCGGAAGAGGAGCCUUCGGAAAUGUGACUCUUGUGAAUUGCAAAUUAAACAAUUUACCUUACGCACUGAAGGAGAUGAGUAAAGAUGAGAUCUCCAGACAGAACAGAUUUAAGCACCUCAUGAGAGAAAAGGAUAUCAUGAACAAAUGUAGUCAUAACAACAUCGUAAGAUUAGAGACCACCCUUAAAGAUGAAGAAAAUUGUUACUUUGUGCUAGAAUACCACCCUAUUGGAGAUUUAGCAGGCUUAAUCAGAAGUAGGAUUAGGCUGAGUAGGAGUCUAACUAGGUUCUACGCCAAGGAAAUCAUCUCCGUGCUUGAAUAUUUCCAACAAAACAAUAUCGUCCAUAGAGAUAUGAAACCGGACAACAUCCUGAUAGAUGGUUGUUUUCAUUGCAAGAUCUGUGAUUUUGGCGCAGCCAAAAUUAUCGAUCCUGCUCAGGUGAAUGAAGAACUAUCAAAAGUUAGCUUUGAUUACGGCAAUGACUCCAGUGAUAUUGAUACUGAUCCAGCCUUUGAGCUAGAAGAUUUUGGAGGAAGAUUCAGUGAUGAUGAAGAAGAAAGUAGAGGAGGAACCUUUGUGGGUACGCCGUUGUACGUCUCGCCAGAAAUGCUGGACCACAACAUCGCAUGCUUCGGAUCAGAUUUAUGGGGAUUGGGUUGCAUCAUCUACCAAUGUCUCACAGGUUUCCCUCCAUUCAAAGGUGAGACGGAAACUGCUGUAUUCGAGGCUAUUCUUGAACGAGAGGUUACUUUUCCUGAUGAUAUGGAUCAAAAUGCAAAAGAUUUAAUCAAAUAAACUGCUAGUCAAAGACCCUCGUGAGAGAUUAGGUGCUGGCCCAAAAAGGAGUGGCAGAACUCUUAAAGACCUCAAAAAGCAUCCAUUCUUGAAGGGGACUAAAUGCAAGAACCUGUAUAAAAAGAGACCACCUGUGCCCAGGAGGCUAAUCAGGAAGGUCAACCAGGAUUAUACCAAACAGAACAUUUGUAACGCCAUCAAAGAAGAUGAUGAUAUCCUCAGUGAGUGUGGGGAUGCUAAGAAAGAAGUCAAGGUAUUCGAGACAGGGCAAGUGAAAAGUUAUCGCAAAAACAGAGAGUAUAUCUAUAAAUAACAGAGUAAAGUUUCAAUGAGGGUUCAAAAUUAA